AUGCCCAUUUUGCAGCUCUGGCUCGCUCUUUUCACGGCACCUUUUAGGCAAGUUGCUUGCUAUCUUCUUUUUCAGCAAAAUGGAACACUUAAGCCGGCCGAGAACUUCACUGUCGAUGACGACUGCGCGAAACUACGCAAAGCGAUGAAAGGCCUGGGUACGGAUGAGCAGGCAAUCAUCGAGGUGAUGGCCUUCCGAUCCAACAAGCAACGUCUUGAAAUUGUUCUCAAAUUCAAGACUCUUUAUGGCAAAGAUCUGGCAAAAGAAUUCGCCUCCGAGUUGAGCGGCAACUUCUUGCGCGUGUGUCAAGCCUUAUGCCUUGCGCCGGAGGACUACGAUGCAAGCGAGAUACGUGCUGCCAUCAAGGGUUUAGGUACGGACGAGGACAGCUUAAUUGAAAUCAUCUGUGGCAGGACGAAUAUGCAAAUAAAAGCAUUUAAGGAGGCCUACAAGAAAGGUGAGCAUUUUGGCUAA